UUCCUGACCACAACCUCGACCUACCCUUGUGAGUUUUCGGGAUAGUCGGUGCUUUCUCAUUCUUCCUACAAUCCAAGUAUUUUGCCACCUCCUCACCAUCGCAAAGUGGCCGGCCUGAUAGUCGCGUAGUACUAGACCCUAUCAUUCACUACUGGGCGUUGCUGAGUAUACCCUCCUUUGUGCUCGUUUUGCGUUGAGGUUCUUCCACAGCUCUUAAUUCUCUUAAACCUUCGUCGCCGUACACGAGACAUAACACUAUCAUCUAUACGUCUUCCAUCAGGGACGUCUUCCACGACCUGCUGUCAUCCCAUACCCUUCGCCACAUAAAUGCCGCCGCAGUACCAGAAUCAGAGCGCCUUGGACGUCAUCGAUACUCAGCUGGAAAGUCUUGCAAGAGAGGAGGCUCGCUAUCACGACGAACUGCGCCGUAUACAACAACGCCGAGACCUUCUCUGCAGGCAGCGCGCCCUGAUUCAGCGAGGCAAGACGAUCUAUUCGCUGCCCACCGAGAUCUUAUUGCACAUCUUCUGCUUCUUCGUUCAAUGGGACGAGGACGACUGGCAAGACGGCGAGGAAAUUGACUGGCGGCCGAUCAUAUUGUCACACGUAUGUUCUACAUGGCGUGCCGCCGUCCUCGAUACAUCCUCGUUGUGGGCGUGCCUCGAUUUCAGCAGAUAUCCCGGCGUCCGCCCGCUCAUCAUUCGAGCCAAGGAGCAGCCUGUUGACGUCGUACACGGCACGAAACCUCUGUCUGGGUAUAAACCCGACUUCCGGUUUGAAUCCGUGCUAAGGAACACAUCGCCUCGAUGGCACUCCUUACUCUGGGAGUCGUCCGAGCUGAGGAUGACCGACGUCUUGUCCGUGCUGAACAGCGGCGCAUCAUUUCCAUAUCUUCGAAGCGUCGAGCUAGGCAUCGAGAAGCGGUCGCUACCGGGCAUUCCAUUACUUAACCCAAGCUCGGGUGUCCAAGCCAGCUCGGGUAGUCUCCUCCCCUGCCUGAGGCGUAUGUGCCUCUCCAGCGUCUCACUUUCCGAACUCCCGCCCACCGACUUGCCGUCGUUACGUUCCUUAACCCUUCACUUUCCUGCUAAGUAUCCCGACAGUCGCGCGAAUCUUUUCCGCAUGUCCAGUCUUUGCUCUUUCCUUGCCAGAUCUCCUGCGUUGGAGACACUUGUGUUCAGCGACUCUACGCCGCUCAUGGAUGUAUUCGUUCGCUUCGAUCACGACACAAGCGAUCAUGCAGCUUCACUUCCUCCUAACAACGUCGCUCCUUUUACUGUAGCCAAUCUUCGCCGUUUCGAGUGGAGCCAUGCGCCUCCCAGGGACCUUUGGAAGUUCGUCGCGAUAGUUAAGAUGCCCGCCCUCAAAGAACUCGAGCUUUACCUCGACGCCGGCGACAAAAGGUGGUUCACAUACUACACUUCUGUUCUUGAGCCUAUGGCGGACGAGCCCUUCAACCCUCGCGCAAUGUUGCCUGUCGUGCGCUUCGAAAGUCUCGAAGAACUGUCCGUCUUUGUGACAGACACGGACGGGCUCUACUCUGCUUUCAGGAGCGCACUCUUUCCCAAGUUGAAGAGACUCGCCAUAAGUCAUCUCAUCGAGCGGAACAAACGCUCAUGGAGGACCUCGCCCACAAAGAAAGCACCCUUCGCAUUCCCAUUACUACCUGCGCAAGAGAGCAUCUUCCGGGAACCCCGCAUGUCGACCGUCACACAUCUCGCCCUAUCGAACUUUCGCCUGGAAUACCACAACACUGUUGCGUCGAUGCUCGCUUAUAUGCAGAAUCUGGAGCAUCUCGCGAUCGAGUCGUGCAGAGGUACGUUUCCACUGACGUUACUGCGACUCUCUGACAUCGUGAUCACAGAUGUGAAUGCCGUCAUCUGCUCUCUCUCCGGGACCUUCGAGGUCUGCGAAGAGGCGAGUUUCAUUGCGGAACCUCGGCGCUGGGUCUGUCCUCGGUUACAGCAUCUCUCAUUGAUCGACUGCGAUAAUGUCACCUUCAAGUGCCUCCGCCAUACAAUUCGAGCGCGGAAACGGUGCGAGGAUGGCGCCCAGAUAGAUUCGCUGCGGGUAAUCAGGUCGCCGCGUCGACGUCUCUCCAGGGUGAAUGUCUCGGAGGGCAACCAAGCGCCGCACGAUCUGUUCUCGAAAGCAACGGCGCUGCGGACUCUUCGUGUUGAAAGAUGUGGCAGAAUAUCGCAAGCGGAAAUGGAGUCUCUAAAGGCGGCUGGACUUGGUCUCAAGGAUGUUUAUUGGAGUGAUUAAGGCAUCAACGUAUCCCCUACUACCACCCGUCGGUAACUGGGUCGCUCUCUCGUUGCAUGAUAUACACGGACUUUAAUACCUACAGAUGGCUUAUAGUCAAAAAGUUCACUGUUUUAUGUACGGCUACAAAUAUCGUUGAAUAUGGUC